AUGAGCAAAUUACUGAGCAAAUUACUCAUUCUUCACAUUCUCGGCAUCAGUAUCGCAACUGAUUCGUUGCGGGAAUCGGUGGAUAGGUAUUAUAAUAUUUAUCAUAACGCAAGCACCUUGAGCUGGACGAAUAAGCUGAAGCUGGGUCUCGGUGUGCUCAACAUCAGGAGGGACAAUCAGCGUUUUCUAAGUGAAGAAAUACCAGACAGGACUCCGCGGUUUGGAUUCACAUUCGAUUUCAUAGUGGUUGGUGCUGGUACGGCCGGUGCCACUCUAGCCGCGAGACUGAGCGAGAUCCCCCAGGUAAAAGUGUUGCUGAUCGAGGCCGGAUCCCACGAGAACCUUUUGAUGGGCGUGCCCUUGGUAGCUCCCUUUCUACAGCUGGACGACAACAUCAAUUGGAAGUAUCGGAUGAAAUCGUCCAAGAAAUAUUGCCUCGGUAUGAAGGACAAUAGUUGCUCUAUGCCAAGGGGGAAAGUGCUUGGGGGUUCUAGCGUGCUAAACUACAUGAUCGCUACCAGAGGCAGCGCCGAGGAUUACGACCGCUGGGCCGAGAUGGGGAACGACGGCUGGGCCUACAAGGACGUUCUCAAGUACUUCAAGAAGUUGGAAAGUAUUGAUAUUCCGGAGCUGCGAUCCGACAGCUUAUACCGCGGCACCGAUGGACCGGUACACAUCAGCCAAUCGACAUUUCGCACGCCGUUGGCGGCGGCUUUUCUGGAAGCCGGCAAGGAGCUGGGAUAUCCAUUGGUGAUGGACUAUAACGGAAAGGAUAUGAUAGGAUUUUCGUAUGUGCAGAAUACGAUCGUGAAUGGUACCCGCGUGAGCAGCAACAGGGCGUAUCUGCAUCCCGCGCGCGACCGCAAAAAUCUUCACGUGACCCUCGAGGCCACGGUGAAAAGGGUGCUGAUCGAUCGUCGUGAGAAUCAGGCGAUCGGCGUGGAGUUUACCAAGAACGGUCGGGAUACAAUCGUGUACGCGAGAAAAGAGGUGAUUCUGUGCGCGGGUACCAUCGGGUCGUCCCAGUUGCUGAUGCUGUCCGGCAUCGGGCCGGCUAAACGUCUCACCGAGCUCGGCAUAAAGGUUGUCCGGGACGCUUCGGUCGGUAAGAAUUUAAUGGACCACACGUUAUACGUAGGGCUCGCGUGGACGAUAAAAGAGCCGCUAACUCUACAUUUCUUCGAAUACAUAAAUCCUUUUAAAUCGUAUAUCACGGAUUAUCUGCUGAAGCGAUCGGGACCGUUCACGAUUCCGUGCGGGAUCGAAGCUGUCGCUUUCAUCAACACCAUCAAUACCACGCGCCCACGGGAAUCUAACGAUCUGAAUAUCGGUCCGAAUGUCGAACUGAUAUUUACCGGUAUCCUGCCAAACGGAGAUUUUAUUUUACCGACAGUGAUGAAUCUGAAGUCCCAAGUACGUCAGAUAUGGGAGAAAUACAUCGGCAGCUAUGGCUUCAUGAUCUCUCCGAUAGUGAUGAAACCCAAGAGUCGCGGUUGGAUAACGUUGUUGGCUAAUGACAUUAACGUUAAACCCGAGAUCGUGCCGAAUUAUUUCGACGAUCCGGAGGACGUCAAAACGAUGAUCGCCGGUAUCAGAAUCGCGAUAAGUCUCGUUCAGACGAAAGCGAUGCAGGCGUUCGAUCUGCGAAUGGCGAAUGUUAUGUAUCCCGGAUGUGAAAAAUACGAAUAUGAUUCCGACGCUUUUUGGGAAUGCACGAUAAGAACGAUAACUAACACGAUCUAUCAUAUUUGCGGCACCUGCAAAAUGUCACCGAGGGAAGACCCAACUGCCGUUGUCGAUCCCAGGUUAAAGGUAAUCGGUGUUCGAGGAUUGAGAGUAGCAGAUGCAUCCAUUAUGCCCGAAAUUACAACAGGACAUCCAAAUAUACAUAUUCAUAUGAUCGCCGAGAAAGCAGCAGAUAUGAUCAAAGAAGAAUGGGGAUAUUUAAAUACAUCGUAAUAUUUUAUAAAUUAGAUAGAGGCCUCCU